AUGACCCAUCGAGCUCUGCAACUCUUGACUUUACUAUCCAUGAUAGCAGCAUGGACUGCAACCACAGCCCUUGCAUUCGAUAAUGCAUGCAAUGAUAAUCUCGUUACAUAUUGGGGCCAAAACUCAUACGGUGCAGCAUAUCCUAAUGACCGUGACGGAUGGCAAAAACCAUUACGGUUUUACUGCGAUGAAGGCGCGACUGAUAUGUUUCCGAUUGCAUUCUUGACGAACUUUUUUAGUAAGGGCGGCAAACCUACGAUCAAUUUGGCUGAUGAAUGCAAUCGCUAUGAUAACGCCACAUUUCCCGGCACUGAUUUGGCCAACUGCACAGCUGGCAUCCAAGAUGAUAUCAAGUACUGCCAAUCAAAAGGCAAGGCGCUCACAUUGUCCUUGGGAGGAGCCACCGCCGGUGCAGGGUUUCAAUCAGAUGAACAGGCCAUAGGCUUUGCCGAUACCCUUUGGAAUGACCUUUUAGGCGGAUCCUCCAACACACGACCUUUUGGAAAUGCUAUUCUGGACGGCAUCGAUCUCGAUAUUGAAAACGGAGGAGCUGCUCAUUAUCCUGCGUUUCUACAAAAGCUAAAGUCAUACUUUGAUGCAGCCGAUAAAAAAUACUACGUGACAGCUGCUCCACAAUGUGUGUACCCAGAUGCCAACUUGCAGACCACGCUUGACCAAUUUCCUGUGGAUGCUGUAUACGUCCAGUUUUAUAACAAUCCAUGUGGAUUACAGACAUAUGGUCAGGCAAGGAAUUGGAACUUUGGCAUGUGGGACUAUUGGGCCCGACACGUGUCUCCCAAUCCCGAUGUAAAGGUAUACAUUGGUGCACCUGCCAGUAGCACGGCUGCAGGCAGCGGCUAUGUGUCACUGGACACUUUACAGAAAAUUACCACAGAGACCCGCAGCUCGUUCCCAAGCUUUGGUGGUGUUAUGUUCUGGGAUACUUCACAGGCUUAUGGAAACAACCGAUUGGAUCAAAAUAUCAAGGAUAUUCUCAAAGAGGGUGCCUCGUGUGACCCUUCAGCAUUCGCCUAUCCUCCUUGCGAUGCGCCUGCUUGGUCUGAUUCAGGUCGAACAUACACGACGGGCAAUCGCGUUUCACACAAAGGUUACAUCUGGGAGGCAAAAUGGUCGGCAGGUUCCGAGCCAACUGCUAAUCCAAUGGGUGAAUGGGCUCCAGUAAGCGCCUGUGAAGACAACAACAGUAUCGCCGCAGCAGUUAAUAGUGACCAUGGUCCACCGUCAUCUUCUGCCAAUGGUAGCAGCAGCAGCAGUCGGUCGUCAGGAAAGGCCUCCUCAACUCCAGCAUUGGAAACAAUCACUAUAAAGUCACCACCACCACCGACUGCUACUAACCAAGUGCCAACAGCAGCAAUUGUGGUUACAACAACCGUUUUUCAAAACGUCAAUCCAGUAGGAGGAGACGCCUCCAACACCAUUCCUCAUCAGGAUAAGAACUGUGACAGCAUCGAGCCCUGGUCUCAAUCAAAGACUUAUGUUGGUGGAAGCAAGGCGAUCCAUCAAGGUCAAGUAUGGACAGCCAAGUGGUGGUCAUACGGUGAUGUACCCAGUGGUCCUGCAGGCGUGUGGUCGCCAUCAGGGUCGUGUUAAGAUACGUUUCUUUUAAGCUUCAAGGCGGCAUUUCCACCCCCCCCUUCGCAAACCUUCAAAAGAAAACGCCUUCUCGUCGC